AUGACGGACAUUGAUUUUUUGGAGCUGAAGGAAGAACAAUUUCUUGUCGCGGGGUGUAGGGAGGGUCGCAGGGUCGUGAAACUACGUCGUAUUGAUGAGUUGCCGGACAAGCUGGCAUCUGUCGGCCGGCGAGGUGGUAACCAUGAAAGGCCCAAUUGUAGCAUCUCUCCAAAUUCCCGAUUGAAGAAUCUCGCCCGAUUGGAGCAUCUCGCCUGUUUCCAGCGAGACACGAGGGAUUGUGGAAGAAAGUUCAUCUCGAUUGCAGCAUUCUCGCCCAAUUCACAGGAAUUCCAGUAUUUCUUGUGUCUUUUUCAAGACUAA